AUGGCAGAAUUAUUGCGGAUGCUUGUCCGGCUGGGAGAGAAGGCAGGGAACCUGGCCCGCAUCAUCCGAGCAGAGAAGGCUCUCUUUGAGUUGCUGGUCGAGGAGAAAACUGGAGAAGCCAAGAACAAGAGAUUCGUCCAGGAUUUCAAGACGCUCGGACGUGGGAGAAAAGGUUGGUGUAAUGAGUUCCCUGAUAUGAGAGACCACAUAUUUGGAGAAGAGAGCAACAUGUUUACCAACACUGCCGGUGAGAGCGUCGAGGUCUCCAUCCAACCAACUCCUGAGGAGACCAAACUUCUGCUUACCAAAGUCCUUGAUGAGAACCAAAAAGCUGCAGCUCUGCUAGCAGAGGCCUUGCACGCGACCCUUGACACCAAGCUGGAUUCUGCGUUACUAGAUUUGAACUUUGACCUAGAUGUUGAAAAGAUGGGAAUUUGGAUUGAUCCCAUAGAUAGCACAUCAGAGUAUAUAAAGGGUAUCGAGGAUGCGGAGCCAGAGAAUGGUGUGUAUCACUGUGGCCUUCAGUGUGCGGUAAUCUUGAUAGGUGCCUUUCACCGUGAGACGGGAUCACCAGUUUUGGGGGUUGUCAACCAGCCUUUUGCCAGACAGGACACAGAAACAAAGAGUUGGACAGGCCAAACGUUCUGGGGUGUAAGCCAUGAGGACAUCCACUGCAACUCAAUCACCUCCUCCCAGGUCAGCUUAAACACCCCUACAACUCACAGUGGACUUUCCUUUGUCAUGAGCCCAAGUGAAGAUGCCCAAACAAAGGACGCUCUAUCUUCCCUCGGAAGAGUCCACUUUGCCAGUGGGGCAGGGUACAAAAUCCUAUGUGUGAUCGAGGGACACGUUGAUGCCUAUAUUCUCACCAAAGGAAGCACUUUCAAAUGGGACACGUGCGGACCUCAAGCCAUCUUAAGAUCCUUCGGAGGAGGCAUCGUCAACUUCCGAAGGUGGAAGUCGUUGAGCAAUGAUGCUGAGAACAGGAAUUUUCUAGCUAGUGCCGGUUUGGAGUAUCACCAACCAGAUUCGGAGGUAAGGGACUCGUUGGGUGAGAAGUGGAGCAACUCCGGAGGUAUAAUUGCCUACAGGAAUGCAGAUGUGCUGGAGAAGAUCCAUGGUGCCUUGCAGAUAUGAAGCCUUCAGAAGAGAUUAGGGCCUCAUCUCACAAACAGUUGUGAUUCUAUCAUUCAUUCAUGCAACUAUGGAAAGCCAGUGUCACUGUCACAAAAUAUUUUUCUUCAAAAUAUCCUGUAAUUAGGACAAACAAUUUUGCACACAUCGCUGCUCUUUACUAUUAAAGAGUGAUGAUAGAUCCAAUUGAUUGCAAUUAUGGAAAGCCAGGGAUGUCCUUAUCUGGAAUGAAUGUCAAUUGAAAGAGAUCACUUCAUAUGGCAAACACUUAUCCUUUGGUUAUCACUAUUAAAAAAAUAUUAAUCUCAUUUUAGGAGUCUGUGAUUCUGCCUUCUCUGAAUGUGACAAACACAUUUGCAGUUAACCUAUCUUGACCAAUGGCAAGCAUACUCAUGUUUAUAAAGGAAUAAUGUGUACACCUCUUUGAUUUUGGCUUUCCAUAGUUGACAGUGAGUAGAUGUGUCAGUAAUUCAUGACAUAUAUGUCUUGCCUCACUUGAAAUUUUGCAAAAGUGCAUUGCACUCAUAGUCUUUCUAUAGAGCACAAUAGGGUCCUGUGACACAAAGCAUUGCACUGAUCUUAGAACUGAUUUUUUACAUUUGAUUGUACAUGUUAGUGCAAUUAAUCAUACCAUUUUCUCCUAUAAUCAAUCACUAAGUUUUGUGCUAUAGAACAUAGGUAUCAAUAAAGCAGGCUUGCCAAGUGACUUCAUUUUCUCAUUGAAACUUGCCUCUUUAUGGAAGAGAAAUGUAAUUCUUAACCUUAAAAAUCCUAUUUAUAUAUUUUCAUGAAAAUCUGUCUCCAAUUUGAAUGGGAAAUAGAAAUGUUCCCAUCAUAUUCUUUCUAAAAAAAAAAAAAAACAGAUACGUACACUAGCAAACUUAAGCGAAUGCAUGCCCUUGAUGGCUGUUCAAAUACUUAGCUGAUCCCUUGCUUUCAAAUUGAUUCCAAAGAGAUUAUAACCUUAGGAAUUUCAUACAUCUUAGUAUUUUAGUGUGCUCAAUAGAAUUUUCCAAAUUAUAUUUUGGUUUUGAUAUUCCAUUUUAACUCUAGAUGCAUUCCAAAGUGCUAGUACAUGUAUGUGUAUGUAGAAUUUUUAAUCAACUCAUUUUAUUUAUUUUGUCACCUCAGUUUCUUAUUAUUUUUGCAGUAUUAGAUACAGUACAUGCAUGGUGCGAUUUGGCUGUUGUACCCAUUAUGAAAUGUCAUGAUUUAAUUUAUCUUAUCUUUGUCAUGAAUGAUCAGAAAACUUGUAAAAAUGAAAGUCAUCUAUUCAUGCAGUCCAAUUCAAGAAAACCACAUGUUAUUGGACUCCAGCUAAGGCAAUACAUUGAAAAAAUUAAGAUGAAAAAGAAACAACUGUCAUUGCAUUGUAAAAAAUAUAUUUAUAAGAUAAUGAAGAAGGUUAAGAUACCAUUGAUACCAUUGUAAUUGAAAUUAAAUAUCUGUUUUUAUUGUGAUGCACUUGUAGAGUCUUGAGGGUUGAGGUUACCCCUAUAGAGUAUAGGGGAAAAAAAUUACAUUAAUAAAAAGUUAAACUCAAAUAAAUAGAACGAUAAGCCUGUUCUCGGUUGCAAUUUAAUAAAAACUGCACACGAGCAGUAAAAGGUCAUUUGAGAUAAACCAUGAAGGUGGUUUUCAGAUUCACUGACAUGCAAUGGAGGCAUUUGUGAUUUGAUGAUAAUACAAGUACAGUGUAUUCCUUUUAAAUUAUUCUUUUCAAUAACAAUGUCCUCAUAAUCACUGGUAUUUGACAGUAGCCCAAACACUAGUCAAAU